ACCGUCGCUUGGUGUUGACGUCACAGUAAAGCGACGGUGGACUUUCUUCUCUCUUGUGUUUACUUGGAAUAAAUAAUACCAUAAAACGAAGACAAAAUGUUCGUUUUUCACCAUUUUCCAAGACGGUUUCUGGCUAAAACGUAAACCAUGUUUCUUUAGAUUUCAGAGCUCCCCAAUGUUUGUCCAGCACCUGAGCUCCUUGGGUUUCGCCCAUUUUCUACCCAUCCUCCCCUCGUCUCUUUUUCGGACCAGAUUCAGAAGCAACACCAGCUUAUCCAUUUCCUCUUCUUCCUGUUUCCCCAAAUUCAUCUCCACUCCACAUCUUUACCCUCAGUCAAUGCGAGGAGUAACUCUGCAGACUUUGCGACCACCCCUCACCCGACCACGUCCAGCACCAGUACGUCAGGUUUUCUCUGUUGGACCUUUAAACCCUCACAGCUUGGGCAGCUCCGGCAGCAGCUGGCGUUCGUUUUCCUCUUCCACCCGCUUUCUGAUGGAGCGGUACGACAGAGAUCGAGAGCCUCCUCACAAACGGAAGAGGAGCAGUGAGGACCGAAGAGCAAGAGGAGGAGAAGAAGGGAGAGAGGGAGGAAAGGUGAAGGAUGGAAUCUCAGCGAAGGAGCCCCGUCACCCAGGACCCACUGCUCACAGCAGGCAACAUCACCACCACAGCUGCAGAGACGGAGGUGGAGGCAGGGGAAGGUGUGACAGUAUCAGAGGGAAGAACGGUGAAAGGACGACACCUGGAAACACAGAGUACCAGCAGCAGAAAGACAGAACAGGUGCACCAGCUCACUGGUGGAGGAAACAAAGUCAGCCAGCAGGGCGGAGACACUCCAAACCUGAGGCUCAAACGGUAAAAGCUGAUCCCGAUAAGGGAAAGGUUCCAGCACAGAGACCCAAACCGUGCCCAACAAAAAGGAGCAUAGCAGAGCAGGGAAGAGGAGCAGCGGGGGAACAGCCGAGGAGCGGUGGAGGUGGAGGUGUGUGGUCGAGCAGACCACACUCUGACAGAGCAGGUGGAGAAAAGAAGGAACAACCUGCAGCAGUGACAAUUCUUCAGAGACAGUGGGAGCCCACUCUGCCCUGCAGUACUGAACCCCCACCACCAGGUGUCAGCACUGCCUUUGACUUCUCUGUGAUGUCCUACAACAUCCUGUCCCAGGAGCUGCUGCAGGACAACGCCUACCUAUACCGACACUGUGACCCCGCCGUGCUGCAGUGGGACCAUCGACUGCCCAACCUCAUGGACGAGAUCCAGCGGCACAGCGCCGACAUUGUAUGUCUGCAGGAGGUUCAGGAGGAUCAUUACCAAAACCAGAUCAAACCGGCUCUGCAGAUGUCAGGUUACCACUGUGAGUAUAAGAAGCGGACAGGAAGUAAACCUGACGGUUGUGCUGUUAUCUUCAAUUCCUCCCGCCUCUCCCUCAUAUCCUCCAAUCCCGUGGAGUUCUUCCGACCCAGUGACUCCCUCCUGGAUCGAGACAAUGUCGGACUGGUGGCGCUGCUGCGCCCCCAGGGUUGCUCUGACCCCAUGGCCUCCAUCUGUGUGGCCAACACCCACCUUCUGUACAACCCGCGCCGCGGCGACAUCAAGCUGGCUCAGCUGGCCAUCCUGUUAGCUGAGAUCGACCGCAUGUCCCGACGACCCGAUGGAUUCAGAUGUCCAGUUCUGCUGUGUGGAGACCUGAACUCCACACCAUGGAGUCCACUCUACUGCUUCCUGACCACUGGGUCACUGGACUACAGGGGUCUGCAGAUGGGCAUGGUGUCAGGUCAGGAGGUCACCUCCAGAGGUCAGCGUCUCCUGUCGUCUCCUCUGUGGUCUCAGAGGUUAGGGAUCAACCCCCAGUGUCAGUACCUGCAGCAGCGUCCAGAAGAGUCCAGGUCCUGCAGUCCAACAGCAGUAGAGGGCGCCAUCUCUAACCUGAGCGUCGACGAUCUACAGAGCAGAUCCGCAGCAGCAGUGAUGGCGGAGCGAGACAGACUCACACACAGUCUGAACCUGCGGUCGUCCUACCAGCACCGCCUGGUGCAUGAUGGGAGACCUGAAGUCACCACUUGCCACUCACGCACAGCCCAGACUGUGGACUACAUCCUGUUUACUCCAGACUCUGCUUCUGCUGUGACUCCAUCAACCAUGUUGUCGUCGUUGUCAUCGCCCCCAAGUGGCCACAGCCUGCAGCUCCUGAGCAGACUCUCUCUGGUGGGUGAGUCAGAGCUGGAGGAAGUCAACGGUUUGCCCAAUCGUCAUCACUCGUCCGACCACCUGCCGCUGCUCGCUCGAUUCCGGCUUCAGCUCUGAAGAAGCACCAGAAGUUUUGGGACUUAAACUGACAAAUGGACAAACAUUUUAUUAUGAUAUUUAAUAUUUAUUAUUUUUAAAUUAGAAGUAAAGAGACAUAAAUUAAAAAUGAUGAUUCAUUAUGGGACAGAUUCUGAUUUUUCUUUUUCUUUUCAACAAUGACACUGUUAAUAACAAGGAAAGUAUCUGUAUUCAUAUUUUGUGCAUGAAUAUAAACUGUACACAAAUACUGACUUUAUUUUUCUAUAAUUGUAAAUAAAUAUUUAGUUUUUCUAAA